CAGUGUUUGCUCAGGGCUCAACCCAAAGGUUAAAAGCUCAGCUCCAGAGAUCGAUACGCUUUCAACACAACAGCCGCUCCUGCUCCGAGCCCACACCACUUCCCUGAAGCAGGAGUGUGGCCUGUCUUCUGCCCAAUCGGGGCCAGGAUGGUAAGAGGAGACGUUAAGAUGUCUGUCAUGUAUAGUUUAGCAUGUAUUACAAUGCUAGCAUUGCUGAGUGGCUCCUCGGGACACAGAUCGGCUCUGCCAAACACCGAGAAGCUCCUCCGCAGGCCUGUGCGACGGGAUGUGAUGGCCAUUCCGCUGAAUCAGCUGAAAACAACAGCCCUGAACACAGCCUUGGCCUUUGAACCUUACCAAGACCUGACCACUAGAAGUGCUGUGGAGCAGCAGAACAAUGUCUUGUUCUCGCCGUUGGGGCUGGCAUCGGCUCUCGCCACGCUGUGCCGGAUCUCUGGACCGGAGAGUCGGAGGCAGGCGUUGCAGGCCCUGGGCGUCGCGGCCGACGCGUCACCGGAAAGCGUGGAGGCCACCAUAUCUGCUCUUGCAGACCUGCAACACAACCUCACUCUCAGGGAGGGAGGGGCGGAAGGUGGCGUCCAGAAGGGACAGUCCGAGGCUGCGGUGGCGAUUGGCGGUGACACGGUAGGGGCCGAUGCAGCGAACGCUUCUGACGUAAACGAUGGAGCAGGGGGGAGCAGGGGAGCUGAGAGUCACUCCCACCCUCGCAGUCGGCUACGAAUAUGGAGCCAGCUUCACGUUGAUGGAACACCCUCAGCGGACUUUGAAGGUUUCUUAUCCCAGCUGCAGCAUCCAGGACAACCUGGCAUGAACAUCAGCUUUGAGACACAGAUGAAAGAUCUGCAAGACUCAGACAAACUUAUACUCAACAGUUUUGUGUAUUUUCAAGGUCUGCAGCCUUUUGAACGGCGCCACACCGUGCUGCGCAGCUUCCAGCUCAAUGCCACGACCUCCGUGGAGGUUGACACGAUGUUCCUGGACGACUCGUCCGAGGUGAUGAUGCUGUACGACACCAACUGCUCCGUCACCGUGGUGCGGCUGGCCUUCACGGGCCGGCUGGCGUCGCUCUUCCUGCUGCCCAAAGGAGAGAUUCAGCCGCUGGAGGCCUGCCUCUCUGACAGCCGCAUGAGGUUCUGGAUCAGCAACCUGAAGCCUGGGAGGGCGGAAAUCCGUCUCCCGAAGUUUCGCCUGAGAAAAUCCUACAGUUUGGAGAGUAUCCUCAGAAAUUCUGGGAUAUCGUCGCUUUUCUUGCCUGGAGCCAACUUCUCCGGGGGACAGGGGAGGAGGAAGCUGCAACUCCAUGAGGCCCCUCACGAGGUGAUGCUGGAGGUGGAGGAGUCCGGAUCAGGAGAGACGGGGAGAACGGACGUUCCGCUGGACUUCUCUGUCCCCCAGAGAAUCACCUUCGACAGACCGUUUAUCUUCAUCGUCUACGAUCAUCUGACUGGGAUGGUGCUGCUCAUAGGCAGGAUCGCCGAUCCCUCGAACGCCUAGAUACCACAAAGUGCUUUCUCCCUUCUGUCUUUGUUCAUUUCCUGUGUUUACCUACGAGACAGGAUAGCUUGGGUUAGACUUUUUUUUCCCCCAGCAGUGUUGCAUUUCAAAAGAGAGGAGAAAGCAACAUUUCCAGGGAGUUCAUAGAAGUGAGUGCAUAUUGAUUUUCAAACAUUAGGAGAUGAUUUAUGGUUUAUUUCUCCAUUUUCGGAAACUGAUGAAAAGACGUUCAAAUUGCUGCUAUUUAUCCCUGUGACUGAAUCACUGCUAUCUGGUAAAAACAUAAAACAUUUUUUCUUCCAUUACAAAAGCAUUUUCUCUGUUGUCUUUUUCCGCCACGAAACCCAUUUCCUCCCUUAACGUCUCUUUAUCUUCUUAAGCAAUUAUUGGGAAAUUGCUUUGCAAGAGUAUCUAGGCUCAUUCGCUGACACAAAACAGCCAAGGCUGCUGAAAUAGUGUCACAUUUUAGUGGCUUCCUGCAACUUUUUGCCUAAGUCAGGCAGCCAUGUGGCAAAACCACAUUGAUAUUUACCUCCCCAAGGAGAUGAUGAAUAGAGGAUAGCUUGAUGAAAAGGACGGUAGAUCCAUCAUAACUAACAGAAAUGUCAGCCUAUUAAUCAGCAAGGCUUUCACCGAUUCAUUGAGAAACCCAAGAUCAAGAGCCAGAAGGAACCUGCUCCGGAUCCAGGGAUGGCCUACAUGUGAAAAUUUCAAGUUAACUUCAUUACUUAUGUGAUCCUUUUUCUCAAGCCUUUUCAAGCGGGGCCUGCAAAGUGUUCCUCUGAACACAUUAAAUGAGUCUGAAGUUGAAUCCUCUAAUAAAACAGACCCUUUAAAGCUUUAGACCAUUUCCCCCUGUCUCAAUCCGUUUUAAUUUAACUACUGCCUGAUUACGGGCUGAUCCUUGUCUGUGUUUUUGCUUUUUAUGCGUUUUUCUAUGCAUGUUAAGUCUUGUGUUUUUGGUGAUCGUGUUUGUCUGCGCUGCUUCGCUGUGCCUUUAAAUUUCCCCUCGGGGACAAAUAAAGUUUUAUUGAACUGAA